UUCCCCUCAGGUUCGGCGGUGGGGACCCACGCGGGUUCAACAUGCGUAUCGAAAAGUGUUACUUCUGUUUGGGGCCCAUCUAUCCGGGCCACGGCAUGAUGUUCGUCCGCAACGAUUGCAAGGUAUUUAGAUUCUGUAAAUCCAAAUGUCAUAGAAACUUUAAAAAGAAGCGCAAUCCUCGCAAGGUCAGGUGGACUAAAGCAUUCCGGAAAGCAGCUGGUAAAGAGCUUACAGUGGAUAAUUCAUUUGAAUUUGAAAAAUGUAGAAAUGAACCUGUCAAAUACCAGCGAGAGCUAUGGAGUAAAACUAUUGUUGCAAUGAAGCGAGUUGAAGAGAUCAAACAGAGACGCCAAGCUAAAUUUAUAAUGAACAGAUUGAAGAAAGAUAAAGAGCUACAGAAGGUUCAGGACAUCAAAGAAGUCAAGCAAAACAUUCAUCUUAUCCGGGCCCCUGUUGCAGGCAAAGGAAAGCAGCUGGAAGAAAAAAUGGUACAGCAAUUACAAGAAGAUGUGGACAUGGAAGAUGUUUCUUAAAAAUCUCACUAUAACCAUUUCUCGUUGUACAUUUGAAUAUCUCCUUUGGAGACAGAACUUUUAAAUUAUUGAUUUAUUUGUUACAUAAUGUCACUGAAAUGAAAGGCAAUUAAAUAUACGUCUCUCUUGCAUUGCUUCCUGCAACAUAUCAGAUAUUAUGGAUAUUAGAUUGCAUCUCAGUGUUACAUCUUCACGAUAGAUGUGUUCAUGUAAAUCAUGAGAAUUCUGUUUGUAAAUACAGAAGUGAAUUGUGGAUAUAAAAUGGUCAGGCCAUUUGGAUAAUGGCACCAGGCAGCAUUUAUAUCAUAACUAAUGACAAAAAUUCAUGGCUAGUGAUAUAUAAAAUAAAUUUUUUUUUGAGUAAAAUAUUCCUUUUAUUAAUGUUAUCUAGAAGGGGGAAUACAACAAAGAACUAACAAUUUGUAUGUCAGCCUCAAAUAACACCUUUUAUUUUGAUUUCAGUAUUUCUUGUUUUGGCUUAUUUGCAUCUUAGAAGAGUAUAAUGGCCUUGUAUAAUGAAGGCUAAUUAUGCUGGACUGUUUUGACUUAGUUUAACUGUUCUGUUAACUCUGGGUGGAUUUUGAGGAUGAGAGUUGAAUAAUCUGUGCCUGCAGUGGCACUAUGUAAUUUCCUCUUUGGAGUAUACUCAAUUCUAACUUGUGAUUCCUGGUAGAACAAACUUUAUUUUUAUAGUCUAGAAAUGAUCUAAAACCAGAGGAAUCCUGAGGUCUUUUAAAAUUUGUUCUGUGGUUUUCUUUAAAAAAGCUCGUAUUGUUUUUGGAAAAUAGAAUUUAUAGGUAGAACAUCUGUCUAUUAUUUGCACACAAAAUAAAAUCACUU